AUGCCGGAGGAAGAAGGAAGUGAUCUAUCCCAGUCUGCAGUUCCUUUGACGACUGUUUCCAUAAAUCUUCCGACCUUUUGGACCGAUUCUCCAGAAGUAUGGUUCAUCCAGGCCGAGGCACAGUUCAAGGUUAAAAGGAUUACAACCUCACGAACCAAGUUCAAUCACUGCCUCACUGCGUUGCCCCAGGAUGUUGCCUUUCAACUUUUAGACCUGGUUCGAGCUCCCCCUGCCACUCCUUACGAAGCCCUGAGAAGCUGUCUCAUCCAGAUGUACAUGUUGAGUGAUUUCCAGAGGUAUCAGGCAUUACAAAGUUUACCCUUGUUAUCUGACCAACAUCCCUCUGAAUUAAUGGAUAAAAUGUUAGUUUUGCUCCCUGAGGACAAGAAGCCUGGGUUUUUCUUAUGGGGACUAUUUAUGGACCGUCUUCCAGCUGAUAUUCCAGCACAUUUGCUCUCUGAGUCCAUCAGUGACCCACGGAGGAUGGCUCUGCGCGCGGACGAGUUAUGGACGAUGCGUGGAUGGAGUGUUCCUGUGCAAGUUCUCUCUGAGCAGUUCGAGGAUGUGUAUGCCUUGCCGUGGAGGAAUUCGUCCACUAGAUCUGGGACUCGCGGUUCUGUUCCUAGGUCUCCCAGUUGUUCCUUAGUUCCAGAAGAAGAUAGGAGAACCAGUUCUUCCGGAGUUUGCUGGUACCACUGCCGGUGGGGAGAUGCAGCUAGUCAGUGUCGAGCUCCCUGUUCCCGUUCGGGAAACUAG